CUACUAUUGGCUCUAAUCGACUACGAAUAGAAAGACACCGGAGUACCGACCAUUAUCAACACGGUGAUGAUUGUUAAGCGAGCCCUACACGAUCAAUAUUAUUGCGCAAUAAUUGAUAUUGUGCAAUAUUGUUGUGCGUCCGAUACUAAAUAUUGUGGAUACUGCGCAAGUAUUGAAUGAAAAUGUAGCCCAACGGACAGUAUUACUUAUCACAUCUGAUAACAAUUGGUCGGACGCCGUCUCCGUUGUUUUGUCCUUUUCGAUCAUUCGUUGUCCACCGUUUCCUGCCGAUCCAUCCUCGAUGUCAUUUCGAUUGCACUCGGUGCUAACCAAGAACGACGAUUCGAACUACCGUGAAUGUUGCCGUGAUGAUUGUACCGGUCAAGUCACGAUGAACGGGCCGAUGGAAAGCUCUGACCAAGCAUCGACUGUGGUGGCCACAAUGGCGACAACUACUCCAAGCGCUGUCACCGCGGUGCAUGCGGAACAACCCCACGAACGUUCCGAAAAAAAGCAGAAAUCCUAUAAAAACCAAUUUUCCGCUCUGUUAAACCGAUGUCAAAUCAUACAGCAGGACAAUGAGCGGCUCGUGCAUAGGAUACACCAGGUUGCAAAACAGUUAAGGCGUGUGCGCGUGGAACGUAGAUUUAUUAUGGAUAGAUUAGACAUGCACAAAGACAAUUGGAGGGAGGCUGAAUUAAAAUUAGACCUAGGAACAGAAUUACCUUUACCAGAAAUAGUUAAUUUAAAAAAUCAAGGAGCUGUAGACACACCAAAUGGAAAGAAAAAUUCCAACAUCAAAUCUACUGAAAAGAAAGAUCCUAAUCUACCAAAAAGACCAGCAAACCCAUUUUUCAGGUUUUGUCAAGAACAGAGACCAAUUGUACUUGAUCAAAUAAUUAUGUCAGGCGAAGGUGAACCUACUAAACAAGAUCUCACAAAACGUCUAGCAAUUACCUGGAAUACUAUGGGACAUAACGAUAAAAAAAUUUAUUAUGAUAUGUAUGAGAAAUCCAAAGAAAAAUAUGCUGCUGAUAUGGAAGAGUACACUUAUAAUAAAUCUAUUAGUGCAGUACAAACUCAAACAUCUAAUUUUUCAUCUUCUCAGUAAGAACUAUAGAAUCAAUUAAAUUAAGAAUUUAUAUAAUAUAUAUUAUAUAUU